AUGGCGAAUGACGAAUUCUUCAGUGUUAAGGUUUAUGGUGAGAACGAGCUCAGAUUCUUCAAGGAGAUGCUGCCCAAGAAAAAGGACGAUUUUUUUUUUAAAAAAGGACGGGCUGAAGGUGUUGAAAAGUUGGUCUCUUACCAGCCGGGCGACUACGGCUUCCCGCCGCCGCCGGGCCCGGGCCUCGAUUUCCCCCGCGGGCCCGGUCACCCGACGGACGGCGGGGGAGGCGUCCACUACGCCGCCUCGGCCGUCUUCUCCGGGGGCGGCUCCCCGCCGCUCGGGGGCCCGGCGGAAUACGGGGGCUUCGCCCCUCCGGGACCGCCCCUCCCGCCCCCCGACCGGUCCCCCGGGGGCUUCCAGACCGGCUCCCCCGCCCCCGGCUCCUGCCCCAAGUCCGCCUCGCCCCCCUCGGGGCUCCCCGCGGCCCUCGGCACGUUCGACUGGAUGAAAGUGAAAAGAAACGCGCCCAGGAAAAGCAAACUCUCAGAGUUUGGAGCUCACAGCCCCUCCAGCACGAUUCGCACAAAUUUCAGCACCAAGCAACUGACGGAACUGGAAAAGGAGUUUCAUUUUAAUAAAUACUUAACUCGGGCCCGGCGCAUAGAAAUCGCCAACUCCCUGCAGCUGAACGACACUCAAGUCAAAAUCUGGUUCCAGAACCGAAGGAUGAAACAGAAGAAAAGGGAGAGGGAAGGGCAGCUGGCCAGCGCCCCUUCCGCAGCCUCCUUCCCCACCCCUCUCUCAGGAACGAGCCCUACCAAGUGUGCUCAGAAGGCUGAAUCCUCCUCCCCGACCAAAGACUCCUCCUGAUUCACACCCCAGCCCAGUACGGUUAAGUCUCGGAGGGCUGUUUGAACGCUCCAAGCUCCAGCUCCAGAACCACCUACCCCUCCAAGAAGCCAGAUUUAACCCACGCCAGGGAGUUGGGGGUAAGGGGGAGGGAGCUCAAAAGAUUGCACUGAUAGGAAGUUUCACUUUGGAACGGAAGCAUUUUGAUGGUUGCGUUCCACGCUCUUUGUGUAUCCUUCUUAUUUUGAGGCUCUCAAGCGACUUGUUUACAUGUUAUUUAUGUGUCUUAUCAGGGAAACCGGCACCCUGCUGCCAGUCCAAACCACGCUGCUAACUUUCCUAACCGGCCUUAUGAAAAUCUGGGUUCAGGGCGGCAUCCCGUUAGUCCCAUAGCCCCCUAAGAAACCAAAGCCUCUAUAUAUGCAAAGAUCCUUUUUUUUUUUUGAAGUGACGGGGUGAUGAGGAUUCAGUCUUGUUAGCUGACCAAAGAUGGUUAAGAUGCCGCUGGCAGCUGAGCUGCUUCGGUGAAGUUCUUAACAUUUGCACUACAGGUUUCUUCUUUUAAAGCUAUUCCUACCUCUUCACGUGCCUGAGCAAAGAUACAAUCGCCCAUCAGUUAGUAGCAGAACUUGUAAAGAUUAAUUCCAUGUAGUAUGGAGGGGAAGCCACACCUCAGUGCUACUUGUGCCUGACUUUGUGUGUGUACAUACAUACAUAUAUUUUUAACAGGACUUGCUUGCAAUUAACUCGGGAUAUGACAGCUAAUGGAAUAGCAUGUAAAAAAAAUUUGUAAUAAAAGUUACAGCCCUCAUGACAUCUCUCUCAAGUGAAAUCGUAUAAGUGAAAUACUCUAGUGUCGUUAUUCUCUCUACU